UUUCUUGCCAACUCCGAGGUCCGAGGCCACAAUAUGGCGAUUUACAAAGAUGAAAGCCUUCCUAAUCCGGAAUAUCCAUCGGGGUAAGGUCCGAUCAACGAUCAACCUCCAACUCCGUCGGAACCCUUCUCUUCCGCUCCGCCACCUUCCUCGUCAUCAUGUUCUACAUCAUCGGCCUCGGCCUCUGCGAUGAAAAGGACAUCACUGUCCGUGGAUUGGAGGCCGUCAAGUCCUCCUCUCGCGUCUAUCUGGAGGCGUACACCAGCAUUUUGAUGGUACAAAAGGAGAGACUGGAAGCCUUCUAUGGCAAGGAGCUGAUCCUUGCCGAUCGCGACAUGGUCGAGACUGAAAGCGAUGAGAUACUGCGCGAUGCAGAUAAGGAAGAUAUAUCGCUCCUGGUAGUUGGAGACCCCUUCGGCGCAACGACGCACACCGACAUAAUCCUUCGUGCGCGAGCUCUCGGAAUACACACGAGGGUAGUUCACAAUGCGUCCAUCAUGAACGCGGUGGGCGCUUGCGGCCUUCAAUUGUACAAUUUUGGACAGACAGUCUCCCUCGUGUUCUUCACCGAGACGUGGAAGCCGGAUAGCUUCUAUGACCGUAUCAAGGACAACGCUGACCUUGGCCUACACACUCUCGUUCUCCUUGACAUCAAAGUCAAGGAGCAGAGCGAAGAGAACCUUGCUAGGGGGCGCAAAAUCUACGAACCACCACGCUAUAUGUCAAUUCCGCAGGCCGUAUCGCAGCUGCUCGAAAUCGAGGAGAAGCGCCAGACAGGCACGCUCGCCGCCGACACAACCCUCGCCAUCGCGGUCUCCCGCGUCGGCGGCGGAGAAGGAAACGAGCGCAUCGUGGCGGGUACCCUCGCGGAGCUCGCUGCGCAACCAGCAGAGACGUUUGGCGAACCGCUUCACAGCCUCGUCAUUGUUGGCAAGCGGCUGCAUCAUUUGGAGGUCGCGUACGCGGAGACGUUUGCGGUCAGCAAGGAUUCGUGGCGAGGCGUCGCACAGUCGGCAUACGGGUGUGCGUUGGAUGAGUCCUAGCGUGUUUCCUUGCCAGAAAACACCAAUGUCAAAGUUGCAGCUCCAUGGGCUGCUUUAUUCGGCACUCUCGACUUUCUGCCGAAGGCAACUGCGUCUGAUCCUGCCAACGCUUGCCGGGGGCUCACCAGCACCAAUCUCAGCUUUGAAUCUUGAUCGCGCAAGUUCAACUUGUCACGUGCAGGCCAGCUGCAGAGCAAACCGGCUCUUGAGGUGAAUACUCACCCUUUACUCGCGCGUGCGAUGUAGAUUCUGGCAUGACGCGCACAGGGGAAGACGUCCUCAUGUUGACGGUCCUGUAAACCUCCGCGGUACAAGUAGACCAUCGCAAUGUGCUCAUCGACGUUUGCCUCGGGUAGAUUGCGAGCAAUGAACCUGCU